CAGCUUUUAAGCUCAGAAAUAUUUUCAUGGGUGAAAGUACGUUAAAAAAACGUUGUUACUAUUAGGAUGGGAAUAAAGGGUGUGCUCGCUAUAGCAAUUUUCUUCCUAUGUUUUACAAGAAGUUACUGUUUACCAUUUUCCAAUAAGUUUCAUGAACUUGGAAGUAGUGUAGUAGCUAAUUUUAACGAUUUAAGAAGGAAAGUGAAAGAUUAUGUAGGAAGUUUUUUUAUUGAUUCUAAUAAAGAAGGAACAAAUAACAGCUACAAUAAGAGUUAUGCUUACCGUUAUUAUAGUGUUGCAUCACCUCGUUGCUUAAUGACGUGUGAAUUUCUGGGAUUUGACAAAGAAUUAGUUAAAGUAUGUGGGUCUGACGGACACUUCUAUGAAAAUUCUUGCCUUCUGCGUCUCCAGGCUUGUAUAACGGAACAGAAAAUAGAAGUUGUAAACCACAGUCACUGUGAAGCACUCGAAAAAGUUGAUCGUUGCGAAAGGAUAUGUCCUAAAAUUUAUAGGCCAGUUUGUGCGACUAACGGGAAGACUUACUCGAAUCUAUGUUUAUUGAAAGUUGCUGCUUGUGAGCUUGAGCGGAAUCUUAAAGUGGCGUCGGAGGGGCCGUGCCUUCAUUCUGACUUAAAAAAACCGGAUCUUGUGAAAUGUAUAGCGGACGUCGCCAAAUAUUGUGGUGAGGAUUCUACCGAGCUUUUCACUUUGGAGCAUAAUUGUGUUUUAAGUAAUUAUGACUGGUUAACUAAAGAUUGCAAGGAGCAAGUGGACUUAUACAGAAUGAUUCGAAAAGCUGAUGAUAUUUUUAACCCGUACGACUUUGUUCUAGUUGGAGGCGCUCCUCUUCUCGGAGAUUUCACUAUUAAGGAUCAUCCUUCGGUUUGUCCCUCCAUAUGUCCGCAGGUUUACACCCCUGUUUGCGGUAUGGACGGCCAUAUUUACCCUAACCGCUGCCAGAUGAGAAGAGAGUCCUGCACUUUAGGAAAACCGAUUGAAGUCGAGAGGAAUUAUAUGUUCUGCCAUCCCACCAAAGAACAACUACCCUUCUUUGAGAGGGGUAACCACGUGGACGCCCUCAGCAAAGAAGAGCCCUGUACUGAGGAUCCCGUCUGUGGCAGUGACGGCGUAGUAUACUCGAACGCGUGCGAGUUGCGCCGUAAAGCUCGCCUGCAGGCCGCCACCAUCGAAAUAAGACCAAUGGACACUUGCGUUCAUGGACGUGGGCAGCAACAUUUUUAUUAUAUAAUCGGGGCCUUCCUAGCGACUACUAGCAUGACGUUGACUGCCAUCGGUUUUUUUUUAUGGAAGAGGAGCUUCCGGCGUAACUCGUCACCUCCGCCUGAGUAUAAGUCUCUUAAUCUCGUUGAUUUGCAGUGUGUAGAAGAAAAUUUACUUAAAUCCUUCUGAUGGUGGGCGUAAGAUAAAUGAAUAAAACUGAUAAAAGGG